AUGGGUACUAAUCUUUUCAAACCAUUCUUCUUCCGGUUGACUAUUGAAGUCAUACUGCCCCUGUUGCAGACCACGCUUCUGGUUAACCCAAAAGACGCCUGUAUGACUACUGUAUAUUAUUUCAACCGCGGAAGGGACACUGUUAAAAACCACGCACUUCGUGGUCACGUGAUUGCCAACGUCACAGCUCGAAAGUCUUUAUUCUGCUUUGACGCCUGCCGGCUGGAAUGUCGGUGUAUCUCAUUCAACUUCAAACAAAGCGCAGACCAGGAUAACUGCCAACUGAACGAAGAAAACAGAUAUAUUAACUUCGGUGCCUUGGAAUUUGCGGAGGGUUGGCCGAUGAUACUACGAUCUGGUGUACAACAACAUAAGAGUAAGGGAAAGUAUACUUCUACUAAACACAGCACUUUUUAUGUCACUGAGUAAUAAAAAAUGACACUCCUCAAUGACGUUUAAUAAUAUUAUCCUUAAGUUUGUUUUCUUAUGACAAACGUGAUUAUGAGGUUUUGCAACGUUUUGUAGCAAUACCUGUUAUUUAGGUCGAGGAAUUUCAUGCUCAACUUUUUUUUUCAGUCUAA